CCACGGACAGCCCGCCAUUUUGUGAAUGGAGCAGCUAUAGCUAGCUAGUUAGCUCGUUAUCUUGCCUUAUUUGUACCUAGUGCAGAGUACGGCAGACAGCUGUUUACAGACGCGGGUACUUGGGCAUUUGAUUAUCGUAUUUUAUAGGGGGUAGCGAGGCUACGUAAACCCGAUUAAUCUGAUCAUUUAGCCAUCUUCGUGUACUUUACAUUUGUAAACAUGAGUUACAGUUAUGGCAGACCGCCACCCGCAAUUGAGGGCAUGACUUCACUGAAAGUGGACAACUUGACGUACCGUACCUCACCCGAGACCCUUCGCCGUGUCUUCGAAAAAUAUGGGAGAGUCGGAGACGUCUACAUCCCGAGAGACCCAUACAGCAAGGAGAGCAGAGGCUUCGCUUUUGUUCGGUUCCACGAUCAACGAGACGCCGAGGAUGCGAUGGACGCCAUGGAUGGUGCCUUCCUAGACGGCCGCGAACUACGGGUUCAGAUGGCCCGGUAUGGAAGACCCCCAGACUCACACUACGAACGUAGUGGAAGAUCUCAACGAAGGCACGGCGGACGGCGCAGUAGAAGCCCGAGACGGCGGAGACGCAGCCGCUCCAGAAGCCGCUCCCGUUCCCGCAGCCGUUCCCGCUACAGCCGGUCCCGCUCCAGAUCCCGGUCCCGCUCGUACUCCCGCUCCAAGUCCCGCUCCAAGUCUCGCUCGCAGCGCAGGAGCAAGACCAAGUCGCCCUCCCGCUCCAGAUCCAGAUCCAAGUCCAAGUCCAAGUCCAAGUCCAAGUCCCGGAACCGGUCUCCGAUGUCCAACAAAGGGUCGAAGUCCAGGUCGAGGUCCAGGUCCAGCAGUCCCGUGAAGUCGGUGGGAGAGAAUGGGACCUCAUCCCCUUGAAGCGACGCCACGUUGCAGAUGUCUUCAGGUGCGACCCCAAUGCCGCCUUCUCUCUGAUCUGACCCCGGCUUCCGCAACCCUCGGACGAGAAGCCUUCGCCCCUUCGCAGUCAUGUCUGGACUAAAAGGCAGGUGAGUAGCGGUUGAGUUGUGCUGGUUAGCUGGUUAAGAUGGCGUGUUGCUGUUGCUGUUGCUUGGCUGGUUUCCGGUUUUCUCCAGAUAUCGCCAGUGGUGACGGUCGCCCUGGUGACUGACCACUGAGUGACAGUGGGUGGCUACACGUGGCCCUAUCCUUAUUUGUUUUUUGGUAAAUGCAUCACAAAUGUUUGAUAUGCCAUCACACUUAGUUGUUAUUUUUAAAUGAUUAUUUGGCAAUUCUAAAGGAGACUGGUGCCGUCACGGCCCACGAGCAGCCCAGAGAGGCCCGUCUGUACGCUCCAUAAGUGGUUCUGUAAAUCAAUCAUCUGUUCUCAUGAGAUUAAUAAUAAAAAAGAACUGAGUGAACUGG